AUGUGCUGGACAGUGUGGACACGAGACAUCGAUGGUGUCAGCUACGGAGAUGAUUGUGGUGGUGGACGCAUUGAGCGACAGGGUGUGGGUGGGGCUGAGCGUGGUGGGUGUUGAGUGUGCACUGGGUGUGAUGGAGCUGGUGGUCGGUGGCCACACAGGAAGACGGAGUGAGGAGGAGCUAGGCAUGGUGGGUGUGCUGGAAGUAUCAGGACUGCGGUCAGUACCGCUCUCGUGGAUACGCAUGUGGGCAAAUAGGCCAGUGCGAUGCAUGAAUGUGCGAGGGUAGUGUGUACGGUGGAGGCGGAUGCGGCGCUGGUUCGCCAGUCUCUGUGCGAUGGAUUCGCCAGUGACUGACCAGUCCGAUGCUUGAGGUGAAGGCGCGGUCGCAAUGAGGACAGGUAUAGCCCAGGUUCUCACAACUGCUGUCGUGGUUGUGUUGAUGUUUGCUUCUGCACCAGCAUUGUAAGUAACGUUGAUAUGCAUGGCAGAUGCCACAACGACAGACGUUAAGGCACUGGAGGAGGAGGAGGAGGAGGAGGAGGAGGAGGAGGAGGAGGGGGAGAAGAAUAAGAAGAUGAUGAAGAAGAAGAAGAAGAAGAAGAAGAAGAAGAAGAAGAAGGCGUGCUUCUAG